GCCUGCAAUGACCCUUGAUGCGGCCACAGCGUUUCCACUGCAUCCACUCAAUAAGCACUUGACCCAAUUGAACCCUGGACUCUACAGCCCUGGGUGGCAUACCCUGUCCUUGUUAAGAAAGAUGCGCGACUGCGAAGUUCGAACGAGGCUCUGCGCCUGUGGGUUUGCCCAGCUUGUUCUCCUUUCAACACUUCUUCUGCCUUUUUCCACUUCAUGAUGAUGGCGACGCCUUGAACGACUAACUACGCCGGAAUUGGUUUACGCCAGUGCGAGACGAUUGCUUCAUGUCGCGUCGACCUCUGUCAAACUCAGCCUCUAAGCCUACGACGAGCAGGGUCAGUGUGUCCAUAAUUGAUUGCUGGACUGUCCGGCACUCAACGACUCCGCACUGCCGUUCUCCUACGUGGUACCAAUCAUCCUAAACCGAGACGAACGAACCGGUCGAGAAAAUAACGCAACCUCAACAUCAUGGCUGAAGCGGACCCCGAAGUCGUGGUGGCCAUCGUGGCUCUCCUCGUCUCUUUGGUUGCUCUGGCAGCUACCUUCAUGCAGGUCAUGCAACAAUACUACGCCUCUGCAGCAGGAUAUGCUCAAUGCAAUGAGAAAGUCAUGGGGAAAUGGGCCCUCACAAAAACUCGUCGCUUCUCCUGGGACGAGCUCCGUUUCGAGGUCGAGUUCGAGGCCCCUGUGAUCUUUGUUUCGCCCCCAGACAACCAACAUGGUCCAAUUCGUGGGGCAGAGAUAUACUUUCUAGAUGGAAGUCCUGAAAGUCUCGAAAAUACGUGGUCUGAGCUGGACAUCAAUCCCAGAGAGGAAUAUGCCAACAAGACGAAACGAGAGCGUAUCCAUACUGCUGAUAACGAGCGAGCUUCAUGGACGUUGCUUCUCAGCGCCGUACAGCGUAUGGAGCACGAGUCUGAGAAGUGGCAGAAGAGUCAAUACGAGGGCAUGCAUAAACAAGUUGGACCUCCCAAUGCUCAGUCACAGAAUCAUGAUCUUCCUACCAACCCUCCCAGUCUAUACGAUGCACAUACUAUGACAGUUGCUCUUCAACGGAAACGUAAGAGCUGGGAUACAAUGCCUGCGACCGUUCUACGCCCCUACGCCACGACGACGAUGUGCCAUCUUAUCGAGAUGUUGGCUGCUCUGGGUAUCUAUUGGAAAGAGUUCGACCGAAAGCGUGAACGUUACCGUGCCGAAGGCAAUGGUUUUAUGGUUAUUGGCGAAAAGGUCACUGAUCUCGGUUUAAUGUUUACAUUCAGUAUUUACGGGCGGAGUCGCUUCGAAGCAAAUCGAGUGAUUCCUGUUGACCAGGUGAAGGAGCUUUGUUUUGGCUAUGUGUCGACGAUUUACAGCGUGUUGCUGGACCAGCGACGACUUCGAUUCCCUGAAGAUGAUCCAGAGAACUUGGCUUUCCUUCAGCUGGCGACUCGUGAGGAGAUUUCUCAGACCCUCAUCCGAAUUGGAUGUAACAACAAUGCUGUCCGUGCUUUCCAAGAUGCUGGGAAGCAUACAUCACAUUUGUUUCCUGUUUCUUUCGAAAUCCUCGGUAUGCUGAGUCGUACUUUUCACAUCAAGAACAGCAUGUUCACCCAUAUUCCUAACCCAACAUCAGAUCGUUGGGAUAAGCAAUCGGUGUCAUUAGUCAAAGUGAUGGAAGCUUAUGAGGACCUCGUUCCGACUUCACUGCCCGGAGCUCGUCGAAACCCAGUCAUUAUCGACAAGAUUAAGAAGCACGUCGACCAAAUCCUGGCCUUCAACAAGGACGAAAGCGUGACCGAGAAGAUGUGUACUCUGAAGGCACUCCACGAAGCCAUUGACGAUUGCGAUCAGAUCUUAACAGCCAAGGAACCUAGCGGCACUGUUACCCCUUUUGCAGAGCAGUUGGGCAUCAAGGUUCAUGAGUCCGAGGUACAGAAGAAACGACGAGAAAUGGUCCAAGAUGUUUUGCGAUCGCACAUCCAAGAAGUUCUACGUCUACUGAACGAUGGGGAAGACCGUUCAUCCGAUACGCAAUCUCUACACGCCGAAUGGAGUCCGGCUACACCACAUACGCGACAGGAUGGACAGCCUAGAGUUGCGCCCAUCGGAUUCGAGGACAUGCACGAAGCCAGUCCUGACGAGCGGCAGCACAAAUUUUUGGAAGUUUACUUUCACGUUAUCCGUGAGAAGGUUAUCCCUCGUGCUGCCCGCUCAACAGACCGCAGAACGAGCCUUGUUGGAGCUCCUGCAGGGUAUGGUUUCCGUCGCGCAGGCACAGGUCGCACACAAGCAUCCAGCAUGCGUGGCAUUGAACGAGCAUCCUCGCCGCCUCCCCCCAUGCCAGCCCCCCGUCUGCAAACCAGCGUGGAGAACAUUCCUCUUGGUCCCAUGGCUAACGGCCGUCCCUCCAUGUCUAGCAGGCCUGGCAGUGCUGUGAGUGAAGCGUAUUCGUUAGCAAGCGAGCAACCCAGACCCAGACUAGAGGCUGCAUUGUAUGAACAGGAGGUCUCGCAUGAUGAUGUUUGGUGUACGCUGAUUUUCCGCAUGAUAUGCUGGUUAAUGCUACACGACUUCAACAAGUUGGAUGUACAAUUGAGUAAAAGUGAGCUAUUGGGAAGUCGUAUGCCAGUUUACAUAUCAUGAUACAUUGGAUGAGAGUCGAUAUUUGGAAAUGAUUGGAUGUUAGCGAGGGGUUUGGAUUUGAUAUCAUGAUAACGGCGUAUCGCGAUAUUGGGGAACCCACAAAAAGCGAAUGUCAGCGAUAUUUGGUUAGCACGUUAAUUUACAAGGGAUCACAAUACACUCAUCACAGAACGAAUGACCCCUGUGCCAACUAAAAAAACUCACCGUCUGUUUCAAUACAUGAUCCAACAUUCCUCAACCGCAUCAUGAUGACCCAGCUCUAGAAUCGGCGAAACGCCCAACGAUGCCCCCAUCGGACCACCCCCGCAUCCAGUGUCGGUACCCGUUCCGGUACAGGAAAUCCGGAUAAGCCGAGCGGAUGCCUUGAUUGGUAGCCUGACUAAGUCGGAAUCGGAGUGCACGUGAGGUUGGAUCGGAGGUGAGAUUUUUCACAGUAAGCCGUGUGGCGAGGACUCGGCGGUGACCGUGGAUAAGGAUUGGAUGACCGGGAUUGGAGUCGGCGAAUGGUGGAUUAUGAUUAUCAUGGAAACAGAGCUGGGAGAAGGUUUGUUGUGAAUAGAUUCAAGGGAUGAGAUAUAAACAAGGGGCGUCAGGCAGUAAGUCACAGAACCUCGGUCAGCUGAAAACUAUGAUCGAGUAUCCAGAGUCGAGAAAAGGAGUUGCUACUAGUACUGCACAUUAUUAUCUCCUAUUUUAUUGGACUGCUCCCUUGGAUCCAUCUUGAUCCCAUUUGGGUUAUCCCUUGACGGAGAUAAGCAUAACAAUAGAAGCUGGAGUAGAACCCAAUACAAGCCCAAUUCAUUGUUUCGUG